GUUUUUAUUGAACAUGCAGUAUCCUUUCUGCGAAAGUGGGGAUUUGAUGGCCUCGAUCUGGAUUGGGAGUAUCCGGGUAGAAAAGACAGAGGAGGCUCCGUCCCAGAAGACAAACAGAGGUUCACAUAUCUUUGUGAAGAGCUGUUGGAUGAAUUCAAAGCUGAAGCGGCCCAAACCGGCGAGCCUCGCCUUUUGCUGACAGCUGCUGUAUCAGCUGGUAGGGACACCAUCGAGAAAGCAUACGAGAUCAAGAAACUGGGUAAGGUGCUGGACAUACUCAACCUAAUGACCUAUGACCUUCACGGCAGCUGGGACAAGGUGACGGGACACCACACAGCAAUGGUCGAUAUUACAGGAGAUGGUAAAGAUUACUACGUGCCAUACGCAGCCCAGUACUGGAUAAAGGGAGGAUUUCCACCUGAAAAAAUUGCCCUUGGAAUGGCGACGUAUGGACGAGCGUUCGCCCUUAGAGAUGCGAAUAAUAACGGCCUCGGCGCUCCUAAGGCCGAAUGGACAAGUCCGCCUAAAGGUCAGUACACUCGUGAGCCUGGAUUCCUGGCCUACUACGAGAUCUGCAAAAUGGGUUUGACUAUUGUUACCGAAAAUGCAGUGAAAGCUCCAUAUGGGUACAAAAGCAGAGGGUGGGUAGGCUUUGAUGACCAACAGAGUCUGAAAUACAAGAUUGCAGAGGUGAUAAAAAAGAAGAAUCUCAUGGGAGCGAUGUUUUGGGCUCUUGAUUUAGACGAUUUUAGUGGCAAACAUUGCGGUCAAGGCAGAUAUCCCCUGAUAAACUCAGUGAAAAAGGCCCUGGAAACCAACGUACCACAACCACGUCCUAGUACUCCACCUUUUACCACUUCAGCACCAGGCCCUGAAACGACCACCGGACCCGUCCCUGUCACUACGACUGAACCUGGCCCUGUAACAACAGCGGUACCAUGUCCUGUAACAACCUCGGGGCCGGUACCUUCAACCCAACGUCCAGUUUCACCAGGUCCCGGAAAAAAUUGUGAGGCAAUCCCACCACACAAUACCGGACCGAACAUGGAUGAAUGGUGCAAGUUAAACUGUGCAAUGGGAAAUUGUCCAGCGAGUCACUGCAAGUGCACCUAG